AAUUCAUUAGUUUACAAAAAAUUCCACAAAACUCGAUUCAAAGCAAAAGGAGAUGUGCGGAAGAGCUCGUUGCACGCUUCGCGCCGAUGACAUCCCCAGAGCUUGCCAUCGCAACAAUGAUCCGGUCCGCCAUGUUAACAUGGACCGGUACCGUCCUUCGUAUAAUGUUGGCCCGGGAAUGAAUUUGCCCGUUGUUCGACAAGACGAUGGAUCUAAUACCGACGGAGCUUGUGUUGUUCUUCACUGCAUGAAAUGGGGACUCGUUCCCAGUUUCACUAAGAAAACUGACAAGCCGGACUUUUUCAAGAUGUUCAAUGCUCGAUCUGAGUCUGUAUCCGAAAAGGCUUCUUUUCGACGCCUCCUUCCUAAAAGCCGAUGCGUGGUGGCAGUCGAAGGGUUCUUUGAGUGGAAGAAAGAUGGGUCGAGAAAACAGCCUUACUACAUUCAUUUCGAGGAUGGUAGGCCUCUAGUUUUUGCUGCUCUUUAUGAUUCUUGGGAGAACUCUGAAGGUGAGAAACUUUACACUUUUACUAUUCUCACUACGUCUGCUUCAUCAACUUUGCAGUGGCUUCAUGACAGGAUGCCUGUAAUUUUGGGUGACAAGGGAUCAACAGAUUCAUGGCUAAAUGGUUUUAAAAUUGAUACAUUGCUUAAACCAUAUGAAAAUCCAGAUUUGGUAUGGUAUCCGGUGACCCCUGCAAUUGGUAAACUGUCUUUUGAAGGACCCGAGUGUGUUAAAGAGGUACCAUUGAAGACACAAGAAAAUAAUUUGAUCUCAAAUUUUUUCUCAACAAGGGAAGUUAAAAAGGAACAAGAAUCAAAUAUGGACUGGAGUUUGUGCAAUGAAUCUGUUGAAGCUAAUUUGCUGAAUAACUUAAAGAAAGAACCUAAAAGCACAGAGGAUGAGCUUCCAUCCUCAACAGAUGAGGGGAACCAUGAUUCAAAGUCGAAUGUUCCAACACUGUCCUUUGGGGAUGUAGGGAAGAUCCAAACAAAGAGAGACUACGAGGAGUUCUCAGCCGAUACAAAGCCAUCUAAAGAAGAAAUCGAAGUAAGUCCCGCAAGGAAAAAGGGAAACAUCAAGAGUGGUGGUGAUAAGCAACCAACACUGUUUUCAUACUUUGGAAAAAAAUAGCUUGUUCGAGUUCAAGUCUAGUACAAUUGCUCAAGUUUAGGUUUAGCAACUGCAUGUGUGUAUAGUAGUCUAGGUUCUAUUUUGAGGCAAAUAGUUGUAGUUUAGGUCUCCCC